AUGGCCAAGUGGCAGCACGGUCAGAAUCAUUCAUCAUUGAAGGAUGAACCAAACAGUCACAACCGUUCCACCCACCAUGGAGUCACGGAGGAGGAAACAAAACCUCCACUUCCUUCCUUUACAUUACUUCCAAGUGGUCGACCAUCCUCUUCUUCUUCUCCUCACACCACCAUCAACCACCUCCUUCCAAAUCAAAACUCGACGAAUCUCAUCACCACCACCACAUUGAAUGCUAUCAACUUAUCCACCACCACCUCUUCCACUAGAAGUACUUUGGAGACAAGUAAUUUGGAAGAAGGGAACAACAACCACUCUCUGACAUCUACUGAAGACACUUUAUCACUCAAUCCUCACACCAUGUCCAUUUUAGUGCAUCAUUCUCAAGUGAAAUCCUUCUUAAUUGGUAAAGAAAUGUUAAGAGCUCCACAUGAAUUUCAAAUUCAAUUUGUUCAUCAACUCAAUCAAGAUAUUUCCUUUAAGGAACUCAUUCAACGUGCCAGUUAUUUAUCAGAGUAUUUUCUAGUGAUGAAUUUUGAUCUUCCGUAUUUAACACACAGUUUUCAUGAUGCGUUACUGACCGCCCAAACCACCACCACCACCACCACCACAACAACAACAACAACCAAUCCUCUUUGGAGAUCUAUACUUCCAUUUUUGAGAGUGUACAUUUUGUUAAAAGUUGUGAAUGCAACCAAAGAUAUUGUUGUGUCUUUGUAUCUAUAA